AUGUUAGUAUACAAGGACCUUUUCACUGGAGACGAAGUCUGCUCCGACGCCUACGUUCACCACAACCCAUUCGACAACGCUGAACUGGCAAAUGUGGCUUUCGAAGUCAAGUCCUCCAAGGUGGCCAAGGGAAACGAAGACUACGGUAUUGCCUGCAACGAUGACGAGGAAGGCGGCAGCUCUGCUGCUGUAGCUGACCCUGGUGUUGAGAUGGUGAUCGACAUUGUUGAUGCCUUCAGGCUGCAGGAAACUCCCUUCACCAAGGCUGAGUACACCGGCUACAUCAAGAAAUACAUCAAGCGUGUUGCUACCCACUUGGAAGAGCAUGCUCCCGAGAAAGUUGCUACAUUCAAGGAGGACAUCCAGAAGUUUGUGAAACACGUUUUGGGCAACUUUAACGACUUCGAGUUCUACAUUGGAGAGUCACUUGACCUUGAGGCCGGUUUGAUCUACGCUUACUACAACGGCGAGGAAUUGGCCCCUAGACUUGUCUACAUCAAGGAUGCCUUGACUGAAGAGCGCUACUGA